AUGGGAGAUAAAGCGGGCAAACUCCUCGCCCACCAAGCUAAAACUGCAGCACCUGAAAUCUGGAAGAGCCACAACCCCCUGGAGGAGCUCUCAUAUCCCAAAGUUGAUGGCAAUCUGGCUGAUAAACUAGGCGCUCCGGUUGCAGUGGCAGAAGUGCAGGAGGCGAUUGGGCAGCUACAGAAUGGCAAAUCUCCUGGCCCAGAUGGGCACUUUGUCCAAACUGCUUACCCACACUUCCCCAACCACCCGCCCGGGUCUCUGAUUGACUCCUUGCUUUUCCUUGAUCCUGCUCAAAAGCGCUCCAUCUCUGUGAUUUACAAUUCCAUUGACUCCCUUAACCCUGAACAAACAACUCGUCUGAAGCAGACCUGGGAGCAGGAGAUAGGAGUUCCAGUCUCAGACGACCAAUGGGACCAAAUCCUCAAGCUAGUUCAUACGUCCUCUAUAUGUGCCAGGCACAGCUUACUUCAAUAUGUAUCAAAGUGUGACAUCCUCAGGAAGAAGCUCAUCUCCCUACGUUGCACUGAAUGGCACAAGAGGAAGGGUAGAGAAAGGGCCCGCAAGCGCACUGCCUUCAUAGCUAACCCUUUUGGGUUCACAAGGAGGUUGCUAGGGCAGAAGCGGAGUGGGACCCUUAUGUGCCCAGAAGACGACAUCAACCGCCAUCUCUCUGAAACCUACAACGACAGGCAUAGGGAGGAAGACCUUGGCCCUUGCAAAGAGCUAAUUAUACCACCUCUACCCACCAGCCAAUUUAACACCAAAGAGCCAACGCUGGCAGAGGUCAGGAACACAGUCAGGGCUGCACGGACCAGCGCAGCACCAGGGUCGAGUGGGGUGCCGUACAAAGUAUACAAGCACUGCCUGAGACUGCUGCAGAGGCUGUGGAGGAUCAUCAGGGUAGUAUGGCGAAGAGGCAGGGUAGCCAAGCAGUGGAGGCAUGCCAAAGGUGUCUGGAUACCGAAGGAGGAAAACGCAAGUGACAUCUCGCAGUUCCAAACCAUCUCACUGCUCAGCGUAGAGGGCAAGAUCUUUUUCAAGAUUCUUGCCAACCGCAUGACCGAUUUCCUACUGAAGAAUUCCUACAUUGACACCAGCGUGCAGAAGGGGGGAGUUCCAGGCAUGCCAGGCUGUGUUGAACAUACUGGAGUGGUUACCCAGCUGAUCCGAGAGGCAAGAGAAAAUCGAGGAGAUUUGUCAGUCAUCUGGCUUGACCUGGCAAACGCCUACAGAUCAGUUCCCCACAAGCUGGUGACUAAGGCCUUGACCACCCACCAUGUUCCGCAGAAGAUCACAGAUCUCAUACAGGACUAUUAUAACAGUUUCAGUAUGAGAUUCACAUCGGGAUCAAUAACUUCGGCAUGGCAUCGACUAGAAAAAGGCAUCGUCAUCGGUUGCACCAUAUCAGUGACGCUGUUUGAUCUGGCGAUGACCAUGCUUGUCAAGGCGGCAGAAGUGGAAUGCAGAGGACCUCUCUCUAGAUCUGGCAUUCGCCAACCGCCAAUCAGUACCUUUAUGGAUGACCUAACAGUCACAGCGACAUCAGUACCAGGGUGCCGCUGGCUCCUUAAAGGUCUGGAAAGACUAACAUCGUGGGUGGAAAUGACAUUCAAGCCAGCCAAGUGCAGGUCCCUUGUGCUGAGGAAGGGGAAAGUGGAGGACAAGUUUCGCUUCCACAUGAACGGUCUUCAAAUCCCAACCCUGACAGAGAAGCCGGUGAAGAGCUUGGGGAAGAUCUUCAAUGCCACUCUGAGAGACACAGCAGCGAUCAAAGCUAUGCACACAGAGCUUAAGACCUGGCUUGCUGCGGUGGACAGGUCAGGUCUCCCAGGGAAGUUUAAAGCCUGGAUAUAUCAGCAUGGCAUCCUGCAAAGGCUUUUGUGGCCACUGAUGAUGUACUACGUCCCAAUAACAACGGUGGAGGCAUUGGAGCGAAACAUCAACCAGUUCCUGCGCAGGUGGCUAGGCCUGCCAAAGAGCCUGAGCUGCAUCACCCUGUAUGGGCCCACCAACAAACUACAGCUCCCAUUCUCAGGCCUGACAGAGGAGUUCAAAGUAGCAAGAGCCAGGGAGGUGUUACUGUACAGAGACUCAUCCAACACCAGAGUCUCCUCUGCAGGCAUAGAGGUCAGGACUGGAAGAAAGUGGCGAGCGCAGGAGGCAGUCCAGCUGGCAGAAGCAAGGUUGCGGCAUGGUGUGCUAGUAGGCUCGGUAGCGGUUGGGCGAGCGGGACUCGGCUGCCAUAAAACACCACGCUAUGACAGAGCCCAGGGGAGGGAUGGACGGCAGAUGAUCCAGGGGGAGGUGCGCAGCAGCAAGACUGUGGCCAUGCGCCAACAGGGGGCAUGGACCAAUUGGGACCAUGCACUGACUCGGAACAUCACCUGGUCAGAACUUUGGAGGUCAGAGCCAGCAAGACUCAAGUUCCUGAUCCAGUUAGUGUAUGAUGUCCUCCGGAGUUCAUCAAAUCUGCAUUGCUGGGGUCUGGAAGAAACACCAUCAUGUCCACUGUGCCCUGCAAAAGGAUCGUUGGAACACAUCCUGAGCUGCUGCCCGAAAGCACUGGGAGAGGGGAGGUACCGAUGGCGCCAUGACCAGGUGCUGAAGGCAGUAGCUGACACCAUCUGUGCUGGAAUUCAGCAAAGUAAGCACCAGCCCCCAGCAAGGCCAAACAUCGCUUUCGUCAGGGCGGGUGAGAAACCUCAGUCACAGCUAAAGGUCCCUGCUGGUCUCUUAUCAACAGCAGGCGACUGGCAGCUGAAGGUGGACCUGGGGAGGCAAUUGAAGUUUCCAGAGCACAUUACCAGCACAACACUCAGGCCAGAUAUGGUCUUAACAUCGGAGAGUUCGAAGCAAGUGGUUUUACUGGAACUAACAGUCCCCUGGGAAGACCGGAUUGAGGCAGCUUACGAAAGAAAGAAGGCAAAAUAUCUGGAUCUGGUGGAGGACUGCAGGCUUAACAGGUGGAGGGCCCGCUGUGAGCCGAUCGAGGUUGGCUGCAGGGAAUUCCCAGGACAGAGCCUGCACCGAAUACUCAGGCUCCUUGGAAUCAGGGGGGUGCAAGAGUGGUAAGCUACCUGAAACAUCAGUGAGGUAGCCGAGAAAGCCUAUAGGUGGCUGUGGAUAAGAGGCGAGACAUGGUUUAGUGCGCUGCUUGGACACAAGCCAGGGUCUGAUCAGCCCCGGCUGGGUCGCCCAGGUGAGGGUGUCUGA